UAUCACCGUCACCAAAUCCAUACAUAUACUUACACGUGUCCCUGUCUUAGACUCACAAGAGAAUAUGCCUCCCAUUUAUUCGUCUGUCAAAUUACUCCACAAGGUCACAGCCCUGUAACUUUAUCCCACCCCACUCCCCACCAUCUUAUUCUCUCUCAUCCGUCUUUCACUCCCUUUGCUUCUUUUCCAGUUUUUUCUCUCUCUAAAAAAACUCUCUCUCUCUAGAAAUCUCAGUUUUUUUUUCUUCUUCUUUUGCCGGUGUCGACAUGUCACUGAGGCGAUCUUAUCUCUCCCGGAGAAUCAUCCACCGUUCGUUCACACUCUCGAAUUCUCACAAAAGCUCUAAAUCGACGGAAAUCCAAUCGAUUUGCAGAGAAAUUGAAUUUGAUAAUAAUGGCGGAGGAUUCGAAUUGGCGGAGGAUUCGAAUUCGAUUUCCUGGGCUGGGAUGCCGCCGGAGCUUUUGGGCGAGAUAAUACAGAGGGUGGAAGCGAGCGAGGACAAGUGGCCGCAGCGCCAAAACGUCGUCGCGUUCGGCUGCGUCUGCAAGCGGUGGAGGGACGCCACCAGAGAGGCCGUCGAGAAAUCCUCCCUCCGCCAGCCUGGCAAGAUCACUUUCCCUUCUUCCCUGAAAAAGCAAGGGCCUCGUGAUUCUCCAAUUCAAUGCCUUAUAAAACGCGACAAGAAGAACGCUACAUUUUACCUCUAUUUGUCUCUCACACCAUCAUUUAUGGACAAAGGGAAGUUUCUAUUAGCAGCACGAAAGUACAGAAAUGGCGCACACACUGAGUACAUAAUAUCUUUGGAUGCGGACGAUUUAUCUCAAGGAAGUAAAGCUUAUGUAGGAAAACUGAGGUCAGAUUUUCUUGGCACUAAUUUUACGAUAUACGAUAGUCAACCACCGCACAGCGGAGCAAAGCCAUCCAGUAGAAGUAAAUCAGGUCGUCGUGUAGGAAGCAAGCAGAUAAGCCCACAAAUCCCAUCUAGCAACUUCGAAGUCGGCCACGUUUCCUACAAAUUCAAUCUCCUAAAAUCGAGAGGUCCUAGGAGGAUGUUGUGCUCUCUUACACCCCCAUUUUCAGACGAAAAAUUUCAGACCGACAAAAUAAAUCGGGACAACUCAGAGAACACGAAGAAACUCGAGUGUCCAUCGGUUCAAGAAUGUACUACGGUACUGAAAAACAAAGCACCGAGAUGGCACGAGCACUUGGAGUGUUGGUGCUUGAAUUUCCACGGUAGAGUGACGGUGGCAUCUGUGAAGAACUUCCAACUAGCGGCAACAAUGGUUGAUCAAGGUGGCGGAAAGGGCGGCGAUGGUGAUGAGACGGUGGUGCUACAGUUUGGGAAGGUGGGGGUUGAUACUUUCACGAUGGACUAUAGGCGGCCGCUUUCGGCUUUUCAGGCUUUUGCUAUCUGCCUAACCAGUUUCGGUACCAAACUUGCCUGUGAAUAACGGCGGCGAUCAAAAAGACCUAGUCUGAAUUGAUUUUUCAACAUCUGUCUACAUCAUUGAAAGCAUAUAUGCCUUUGUAUAUAAUUUUCGAGUAAUGUUGCAAAUUGUUUUCGUUUAUUCGGAAUUUGGAUGUGAGAAUUAUGUGUUCAAGUGUGUAAGUUAGUGCAAGGAUGCAAAUUACUAUACCCUAAUAUGCAUCCCUUUAUUUAAUUAGGCCCAAUUUAAUAUGAUAGUUUCCAGCGCUUCUGGAAGUUUACCGGUGUAAUUCAUAUGGUGGCAUUUGUUGUA